AUGGCGGAAAUCUCCAAGCUCCAGCUGUUCGUCAAGGCAAGCGGCGAUGGCGAGACCAUCGGGCACUGCCCCUUCUGCCAGCGACUCUUCAUGAUCCUGCUCCUCAAAGGAGUCCCCUUCACUCUGACCACGGUGGAUACCAAGAGGUCCCUGGAUGUGCUGAAGGAUUUUGCCCCGGGAGCGCAGCUGCCGGUGCUGCUGUUCGACGGGGAGCCCAAGACCGACACCACCGCGAUCGAGGAGUUCCUGGAGGAGACGCUGGGCCCGCCCAAUUUCCCGAGCCUGGUCCCCAGAUACAAGGAGUCCAGCCUGGCGGGGAACGACGUGUUCCACCGCUUCUCCGCCUACAUCAAGAACCCAGUGCCUGCUCAGGAUGAAGUCCUGCAGCGGCAUCUCUUCAAGGCCCUCCUGAAGCUAGACCACUACCUGAACACCCCCCUGGACUAUGAGCUGGCGCGGGACCCCCACCUGGCCGUCUCGCGGCGGCGCUUCCUGGAUGGCGACCAGCUGACCCUUGCCGACUGCGGCCUCCUGCCCAAGCUCAACAUCGUGAACGUCGUGUGCCAGCACUAUCGGCGGGCGGGCAUCCCACCGGAGCUGCAGGGCGUGUGGCGCUACCUGGCCAGCGCCGCCGAGGCGAAGGAGUUCAAGUACACCUGCCCCAACAGCGAGGAGAUCGUUCAGGCCUACCGCGCGGUGGUCCGGCCCCUCAAGUAG